AUUACCCCAGACUAAAUUUCGAAUUAUCAGUUCCCAAACACUGCAACGUAAAAAUGCUUCUGCUCUCACCUUCUUCCAUUUUUGCUCCCCUAUCCACAAGCAGAAUCAGACCUUCGCCGAUCAAAUCCAUGGCACUAAACAGAAGCAGCUCUGCUCCGCCGCAGCGGAGAAACGGCAUGUCAGCUCUCGAAGCUCGAAUCUCCCUUGUCAUUGCUCUCGCUUCCCAAACCUCUUCUCUUUCUCAAAAGCUUCUGACGGAAUUGGCGAGUGAAACAGCGAAAUACGUGUUACCGAAGAGGAUAUUCGAAAGUCGGAAUUUAGAGGAAGCUUUGAUGUCUGGUCCAUUUCUUGAAGAAAAGACGUCGAAUCAAUUUUAUACCACCCUUGUAUCUAUUGACAUGACCUACCUUACUUCGUUGCCGAGGCUACAAUGCCUGGGAAGUCUGGGUUUGACUUUAAUGGUGCAUCUCAAUCCUUCAACACAUUGGCUGAGUACUUGUUUGAACACGAAGAAGGAGAGUAUGGCAAUGACGACACCCGUAAUCACUCGUAGAACUCAAUCUGAUGGGGAGAAAAUGGAAAUGACUACUCCAGUGAUAACUAAAAGGGCGGAAGAUCAGGAGAAGUGGAGGAUGUCCUUCGUCAUGCCCUCCAAGUAUGGUUCGGACUUGCCACUACCGAAGGAUUCCUCUGUUACUAUCAAAGAGGUGCCUCGGAAAACUGUUGCAGUUGUUGCUUUUUCAGGUUUUGUGAAUGACGAAGAAGUUAAAGCUCGAGAAUCAAGACUUCGAACUGCACUAAAGGGAGAUGCAGAGUUUCAGGUAAAAGAUGGUGCCUUGGUAGAAGUUGCACAGUAUAAUCCACCAUUUACUCUUCCUUUCACACGUCGGAAUGAGAUUAGCCUGGAAGUCGAAAUGAAACAGGAAUAGCUAGUCAGUGUGCUGCAUAUUGCAGAUAAAUCUGUUCACUAAUGUAUAGAAACAGGAAUACGUAUUCAUUGUAGACGUAUAUAGUGUGUAUAUGUAUAUAAUAUUGGUUCAUACUCCUCGUAUAUAUACAUUUCAGGCGAUUGCUUGACCUUUUAAUCACUAGGUUAUGUAGAUGCACCAAAUCGCUCCUACUCUGAAAAUAACAAGACACUGUCUUUUGUA